AUGGCUUUUUACAUGCAAGAAUAUUCCGCUGAACAGAGCGGAUUUUUACUCAAGCGAUUUACAAUUUCUCGACAUUUCAUCCCCCGGUUCUUCCGCUCACUUUUUUCAAAUGGCAUAAACCAACUGCGUUUUGAUCUUCGUUCGCCAGCCCAAGAAUUUGUUGAACCAAUACGGAUAACUCCAGAAGCUUUUGGUUGUUGUGCGUUAAAUUGUGAAAAUCUUUUGAUGGGGACAAGUCAUGAAAAACCAUUGCAAGUACAGGUGCAAACUGAAUGUCGCCUAUUCAUAAGAUUUGCGCCUUUUAACCCUGCUUGUGGUUAUCGGAUCCGUGAAUGGUCCAUCGAGUUGAGGUCUUGUCAAGAAUUUUAUGCAAAUGGUAUUCAACCAUUGGGAGACAGAAAAUCAACGUGUUUGGGUCUUCCAUUGCAAACACUGUCAGAAAUGAAAAUGUGGCAAAUGAUGGAUCAAAUGCAGCCAAUUGUUGAACGCGUGAAAGAGACAAAUCAGGUUUUUACUAUUUUUAGGGGUCUUUUUAGGGUUCAAUCGAGCUAUUAA